CAAUAAAAAUAAAAUGGAUCUCAGGUCGGUUUCCAGCGCUCGCCCAUCACGUGCAGUAAAUGACUCAUUGGCUGAAGGCUCGGUACAAAUGGUAUUUAAGAAAGUGAGUCCCGACGAUCACCUGUGUAAGACUGUGGCGCCUCCUACGACAUAUGGUGGUUAACAUGUUCACAAUAAUUAUUUUAUCCUUCAUACUUCUUUCUACGGCCUCUUGUCUUGAAGCCCUGAAUAGAGGAAGUGUCCCCAAAGCACAAGUCAUGCUACAGUUACAAGGCAUGGACUACUCGCUGUUCGGCUACAACAGUCUCAAGGGAUGCCCUCUGACCUCAGGACGUGACCCAGGCUUUACUCUCCCCAUCUUUUCUGGUGAGUUUCACGUGACCCCAGACUUUCGCUAUAGCGUGCCACGUGGCGUGCUUCUGUCCCACGAUGUGUCAUGUGACACGUCGUUUACGUCGAAGGUGGUGGAGACGCCGUACGACCUGACCACGCUGCUGACUGGCACCGCGCGACUCGGUGCUGAUAAGUGGGGGCCUCCCUUCUCGGCCAGCAAACACUUUCACAAACUGUCCGCGCAACUCACACAACACGUCUUGGUCGUUUCCACAGCUGUCUGCAGUUUGUACGACCUGACACUUCUGCUCUCGGAACCGCCAUCUUUUCAUCAGUCGUUUGUGGACUGGAUGAUUCAACUCAACAACACUGAUGACGACGACAAGUACCUUGAGUUCCUUGACACCUACGGCACACACUUCGUGUCACGGGCCCGCUUUGGGGCUUCCAUAACGGUCAUAUACAAGAUGGACGAUCACGUUUAUCGGCUUCUAACAGAGGAUCACGUGACGUCAGCUGCCAGCUAUUCUGCUCAUGCGCUUUUUGGUCACACCCAGACCUUGACCUCUGAUCAGCAAAAAGCAAUAGCAGAGUUUCGAAAUCAUGAGACAACAACGUUUGCUGUCGGUGUUCCUCUACCUGAUGGCGGUAACAGCGCGACGUGGUUGACAGCAGCGAAAGAUAACCCCUCUGUCAUCGACUAUGACUUGACCUCGGUGGAGGUUCUCUUUACAGACACCUUCAUGGGUGUCGCAAGUCCUACAGGGGGUUAUGGCAUUGACCACGACAGGAUCAAGAAGACCAUCAUGGCUGUCAAGACCAAAUACUGUCGGACUUUAAAGAGGAAAGACCUGUUAGUUGACUGUAGAGAUACCGGUAGGACACUGCUUUCUACAAAGUUGAUUGGUAACACGAAAUAUGGAGCUGCCGAGUCCGCUGUCCAGUGUCUUGAGGAAUGUUAUCAACUUGCAGGCUGCGUGGCUGUGAGUUUUUGUCCUUUGUGUACGAGGGACAACAGAGGCAGCAAGUGUCAAGUGUUUAGUGCUGGCGACAUCCACAGGGCAGUCACCGACCGUCAGUGGCAGACGAUCAUGUUAGUUGACAAACUGGAGACAUUUGUAAAGCUGCACAACACCACGGUUGUUGUCAACUCUAGUUCUCUGUCUGACGUCCCUCCUGUCAACUCUAGUUCUCUGUCUGAAGUCCCUCCUGUCACCUCCGUACAGGACUGCUACCCAUCUUGUAUUCAAGAUACCCAGUGUGUGGCCUUCACCUUAACUGACACUUCAGGUUCAUUAAUUAAAUGCACGCGCCACACAGACUCACUUCUGUCCUUGACACAGAGAACAGGUGUCAGCGUGUACUUCGUCUCCCCGCUGGUCAAAAGAAUUAUCACAAGUGGACAGACGAGAGGCCUUGCUCCCUCCUCCAUGCUGAACGACUGGUACAAGGCCGCCUGUGUCAUCGACGACGAGUGUCGUCAGGAAAACUCUAUGUGCUUUCUAAACAGGUGCCGCUGUCGACCUGGGUUCUUCUUCUCAACACGUGACUACACGUGCUCUGAGACAUGUAGUCCAGCUCACCUGCACAACACCUUCAUGGAGUAUCCUGAGAGCGGACUGAGGGGACACAAUAUGGUGGCACGGGAUGGAGUCAGUUUGCAGACGUGCAGCGACCUGUGUGUCAGCAACAGAAGUUGUCUGUCCUUUGACUUCAGAGGAGGGCGCUGUCUGCUUCAUGACGUCACCGCACGUGACGCUCAGUCAGGGUGGUAUCCUCACACCAGUACAGGGUGGACCCACUACCAGAGAAGCUGCCUGCAGUCUCCCGCCUCAUACCCGGGACCAGAGUGGUACAACGCACCCUGCAACAGCCGCGCCGAAUGUCCUGAGCCUAACAGUCGGUGUGUGUCGGGUAGAUGUUUGUGUACUGACGGCUUUGUUUACUUGGAAACUGACUCCUCGUGUCAUGCUCCAGAGUCAUGUCGGGCCUGGCAGACAACAGGAGGCAAGUCAGGUGUCUACUCCAUUGAACCGCCAGAAACCAGAGAGAAACUGAGAGUGUGGUGUGACAUGGACUCUGGAGAUGGUGGCUGGCUGGUGUUCCAGAGACGCCGUGACGGCUCCGUUGACUUCUACAGGAACUGGACACAGUAUGAACAGGGCUUUGGUGACAUCAGCGGGGAGUUCUGGCUGGGUUUAUCAAGGCUUCACACCCUGACCAAAGGGAGACCCACCCGACUGCGUGUAGACCUCGGCGAGAAGAACGGACAUCGUCACUACGCUGAGUACUCGACAUUCAGGGUGGACGGUCCUGAGACAAACUACAACACUGACCGUGGCCUUCUACUCGGGUAACGCGG